UGAUCAACCUUUACUGUGAAAGGAAAAAAAUCAUUAUUGCGGGUUUGCUUUGAAAGUGUAUCAAUAUCAUUUCCAAUGUUACCCUUGUGAAAUACGUUUCGUGCUGGUUGAUCAAAACGACUGACAAGGAAGAUCAAGCUGAUUGAUUUGCGUGUUUCAAAAGUUAAAAUUACAACUACACUCUUCGAUCAUGUUGAAGUGGACCGUUACGAAACGUUCAGAAAUGAACAGCAAUAGUGCCCGUCUACAACCUGCACGGAAAUCACUCGGUGCAUUAAGUGAUCAGAUGAUGAUUGUGUCCGGUGAGGUCGAUAAUGAAACAGCAACCAACAUCAAAACAGAGGGUCGACGAUCGCUUGGAAUGAUUGUCCAUUGCCAUGCGCAAUUCGAUAAAGAGAACGAAUGCAUUACAUCAACACCACAACUUGCAGCGGCUAGAACGUCGACUUCACCCUACUCGAUGGUGCUACGAGAUGUUAGUAAUAUAACACCCAACUCAACCCCUUGUCGAUCGAUGAAACUGACCGUCAGAAGCAGGAAACGCACCGCCGCAGCAUCUAGCAUACUGGAGCCAAAACUAGGUGGUAGCUACAGAAACACUACUGCACGAGAAACAUACGCUACCACGUUGCCAUCGUUUGACGUCGAAUACUCCCCAUAUGGCAUGAAAAACGUUCCAUUUUUAGCAUUACGUGGUGUUGGUUUAACCGAUUUUAAUAAGCCUGGUCGAUAUUUUCACGACAGAAUAGACGAUGGUGCGUCCAAAAAAUUAAAGUUGGAAAAAAACCACGAGGAGAUAGCCAGACCUCCUGUGCAGUUAUCGCUGCCAUUUCCUUGCACACCCCUAUCUUCGCGUAAUAACCAUACGCCUAUAAAUGGGAUGGACUUUCAGCUAACCUCUUCUGUGAGCAAAACAAUUUACAAUAACCAUAUAUAUGUGCCUGAAACAGUGCACGAAAAUGAGUUGUCUUUUAAUUCUUCUGAGAUGGGUGAUAUUACGCUUGAAAAAAUGAUUGAUGCUAUUCUGGCAAGUGCUAAGAAAGACAUGAAAUCGGUUACACCGCGCCCGAAGCGUACAUUGAGCAAUAAAUCGAAACAAUCGAAAGGAUCCUCACCAACCUACACAGCUGCUGAUGAUCCAGCCACGGAUUUGUACGUGCUCGAGCAGCGACUUCCACAGCAGUCAAAACGUGACUCAAAGAAGGCAAUGACAAAUGUUGAAGAGAACGGUCAGGUGAACGAGCGCGAGAUAAAAACACCAGAAUCGAACAACUGUAACCCCUCUGAACAGCAGACUGCAGAAGAAUUUGAACGGAAAUCCUUGAAAAGGAUGGAUGCAAGCAGUCCCCUAGAGUUUCCGGCUUGUCAUUUGCGUCGCCAAAAGGCAGUGAGGCGAAAACAUAAAACCGAUGCUGCUCCAGCGGCAACCUGCUGCCCAUCGUUUAGUGAUCAUUCUGACAACAUUGUCAAGAACUUGUCCAACGUGCCUGAAAGUCCUUGUACACCGCAGAUGCUCUGUAGUCAUUCAAAAACGGAACAAAUGAUACUAUUGGAAACACCUAUUAGCACCGUAUUGAAAAGUGUUGUAAAUAGCGAUUUGCAGUUUCGACAAGAGGAAACUUCUUCCAAUGUGACCCCCCGUAUUAGAUCAAUUGAUCUACAAGGGUCUUCUACUCCAACGGUUUCCUUUAACUCCAAAAAAACUUUGGAGAUAAGUACUAAAGGCUUGGGAUACUCUCCGGAAACAACUCCGGAAACCCGGAAAGUAGGGCACAAUGACUCACUACAAAGACGACGAUCAAGUUCAGCCCUUACUGAAUUCCAAGUUCGCGGGACACUCGAGCUCAAUAUUCGGUUGGAUGCGUAUGGCCGUUUGCUCGUACACGUCAUUAGAUGUACGGAUCUGCAGCGCACGAAUGGCAGUACGUUAGAAUGCAACACCAUAAAUGCAUACGUCAAAGUGACUUUGGUAAACUCGGUUGUAACAACUCAGGUAGAGCAAGUGUUUCAACGGACCGCUGUACAUAGAAAUUCUAGCAGACCUCACUUUGACCAGCGUUUUUACCUGGACGUAUUACCCAACGACGAGCGGCGUGUGCAAUUGACCGUAUGGCAUCGGAAUCGUGAAUGCAAACGGAGCGAAUUUCUAGGAUGCAUGUGUUUUCCAGUGAAAAAUGCUAUCAGCAAGGAAAUAUACGGUUCUUAUCGACUACAAACUCAGGCUUGUCUGGCAAAUCCUAGUGCACCAAUAAGCGAUAUUAUGUGCGAAAUUUCUCAAUCGAGUGUGGACGAAAUUGUCAGCAUGGAAGACGUAAGCAGUAGUGCAAUAGCUGCGGCUCCUAGUGGAACCUCAGCUACGGGAACCGUGACUAUAGGAUCUACUGCGUGUUGUGCAGAUUCUUCAAUAGAGCUUAGCAAAAAGGCUAUCGAACAGCGAGAUGCAGAUGAAAAUCUAUUUUUACGUUUUCUGGAGUUAGAUCCUUCUCCAGAUGGGGUUCAA